GUUGCACCAACCCAAUGGAAUCGUCCAACUCAGCACGCCAACAGGCUCACCGGACGAUACACACACUCGUCUACGCAAAGAACCCUCCCCAUAAAGCCUUCCUCUACUUCGACAUGAGAACCGUCCGUUUUGUCUUUUAGCACACGCGGGCGCCGGAAAAGGACUGCCGUGCCCGCGCCCGGCCGCGUGGCUCGUGUGGCGGUGCGCGGCCUUUGCAUCCACCAGCCAUGGCGCGAGCCCUCCAUCUCUAUCCGUCCACCGCCCGGUUAGAGGUAAGGUAGCGUCCGCCAUGGGGGGUACCACGCCCACCACAGUGACCUACGUUCCCGAUUCGGCGCUGCGACCUGGAAGCAGUGGCAGCCACCCCCCCUAGUUCCAAGGCUGUACUUCGUAGGCCGUCUCGCACGGGGCUCCGUCUCCCCAAGUUUCGCCGUCGCCGCGCCAAAAGACGACGACCCACGACCACGACCACGACUUAUUAACCACCAUCACCACCACCCGCCACGGCACCACGUCCCCAUCGACACACAUCGGCAUCGCGCAACCGUUCCGCCACACCACUCGAUCUCGCAUCGCCACCACUGCCCUCCCUCUGCGCGCGCUCUGCCCCGGGGGCUCAAGCACCCGACAACCGCGGCGGCGACGACGACCAGUCCAUCUUUCGCUCUGAAACAUCCCCCCCUUCCAGCCUCGGCCGACGGACCAUCCAUCCAUCCACAUCAUCACCUAGGGCGAGGAACUGCCGAGAGCUCAACCCCCGACGCCGACGCCGACGACGUCCCGCGUGCACGCUCGCUCGCCCGCCCGCCAGCCAGAACCGAACCGAACCGCCACCAUGUCAGAAGCGUACGAGCGCGAGCGCCAGAACAACGCCCGCUUGGACGAGCUCUCCGCCAAGGUCUCCGCGCUGCGCGGCGUCACCAUCGACAUAUACGACAAUGCGCGCGCCCAGGACGUCAUCGACAACACGUCCGAGACCUUCUCGUCCAUGACCUCGCAGAUGAAAGGCUCCGCCAGCAGGCUCACCCGCAUGGCCGCCUCCGGCAACAAGGUCGCCAUCCUUAAGCUCGCGGGCAUCAUCAUCGCCAUCUUCAUCGUGCUGUACUACGGGCUGAAGCUCUUCUUUUGAGGUGGGCGGCGCGCGGUCAAAACAGGCGAAACUGUUCCAAGGCAGGAGAUGCGAAUACUACCCAGAUCCGGGGUUGGAUACGGCGGCGAAGCACGUUCGAUCCGGGCUGCGGAUGGAUGCCCGCGGCGGUGUACCAUAGCGAAUCAAGAUGGACAAAGGGGGAGGGAGGAGGAUAAAUGGUGUUUGACGGGCUGCGCGGCGUACAUACCCUCGGCAUAGUGUUGGCGUUAACAAAGGCUUCUUCAUGUUCGCACCAUCGGCAAGUUGCCCUGUGCAGGAUGAGACCAGCGUCGUUUUUGACUGAAUGAUUCUACCCUACGUUGCUGUCUAGACUCC